AUGUCGACAGGAACGCACCCCAUCAAAAUAUCGGACAGUGGUCCAAAGAACCAAAUACCGAAGAGAGAGCAGCGGAGCGGUAUCAAAGAUGAUAUUCCGGAGAUUGGCUCAACCGCACCCAUCCCUUUGCAAAUUCUUGCGACAGAGGUAGCACGCGGAAAUAGAGAAGUAGCUCGCCAACCAGUAGCAAGACACAUUUUACCAUGGGAACGGGCAGACUGGGUCGAAAACGUCAGGUCUUGGAUGAUAGAACGGCUGGAAGAAGAGUGUAACGCCAAGUGCAGUGCAAGCUCUAUUGUGCCGGAGAUGUUAGUAGGCGGCGUGAGGAUGCGUGCAAAAACGAGCAAGGGAGAUUUCAUGGCUGUAGCAUACCCAGGGAGCGGUGGUGGUGCAGCGAAGAUAGGAGUUCUUGGGCGUGUGGUGCCGCGUUACAUCUUUAAGGUGGUGUGUAUGAGCGAAAACAAGGAAGCGGUAUUGAUGCGGGACCAUCUGGACCCCUUUCACUAUAAGGUAUCGGUUAAGGAAAUGGAGGCAGCAACCAAGGAUUAUGUGUGGAUGCAAAUGGGGACGAUCGGGAGGACAGGUGAACUUGUAGAAGGAGGGUUGAUGGAUUUGCGAUCGGAGGUACUACUAAGAAAGUUAGAUAACUUAGAGCAGUCGCUGAUGUUUCGGGAGAUGGCAAGCAGACAGGCGUUCAAAAAGAGUGUAAGAUGGUAUUUGGGGACCAAAAGGCGAAUUCGGAAUGGAGUAACGGAGCUGAUGGGAUGCGGAAUUCCGGAGACGGUGCUCGGUGGGCAAGGGUGCCGAAAGGGUGAAGGUGGUGAGCAUUACUUAUUCCACAGAUGGUUUGAGGGGUUUGUUGGGUGCGCAUUGGCAACUGUAGAUGAAUGGAUUUUGAGGGAAGGGCGUGUUUUCGAGGCUUUGGAGCUGUUUUGGGGAGACGGAAAAGAUGGUGCGGUGGAGGGCAAUUGGAAAAUGUGUACAUUGGCUGUCGUUGUUGGUAAUGAGGUUGGAAUAUGCACAGCAUAG